AUGCUGCUGGAUGAAGCAAUAGUGACACUACUAGCCCAUGACCCUUAUGCACUUUACAAAGCGUUAGAAAUUGAUACUUCCAGCUGCCAACUGGCAUCACAAGAUGAUAUCAAGAAGGCGUACAGAAAACAGGCCUUAAAGUGGCACCCAGAUAAAAAUAAAGGUGACCCAGUAGCAGCCGAAAAGUUUAAAGAGGUCACACAAGCGUAUCAGAACUUAUCAGAUGAAGAAAAGCGUCAGGAAGUGGACAUGUGGGUUGGCCGCGAAAAGUUGAAGCAAGACAUUGAAAGAAUGGAACGAGAAAAAAGAGAAAAAGAAAAGCUAAAGCGAGAAAAGAAGGAGCAAGAAAGAAGAGAAAAGAAGCUGAAGCAGGAAAAGGAGGAGCAAGAAAGAAGAGAAAAGAAGCUGAAGCAGGAAAAGGAGGAGCAAGAAAGAAGAGAAAAGAAGCUGAAGCAGGAAAAGGAGGAGCAAGAAAGAAGAGAAAAGAAGCUGAAGCGGGAAAAGGAGGAGCGAGAAAGAAGAGAAGAAAAAGAAAAGCUGAGACAAGGAACGGGCAGAGCAGCACCUUCGGUUAGUGCAAGUAAUGCUCGGUUCGCGACUGGUUUCGAUGGGCAUCCUCCUUUAGAUGAUCGGGCCGAGGCAGCCGAUUUCUUCGCAACUUCUCGGGGCCAGUUCACCAGCUCACCGGAUUUUAUUGAAACUUCUGGUCAUGGGAAAUCGAAACCAGCUGAACGCGAACAUCACGGGAGAAGCCAUCAUCAUUCAAGUUCAGACGAUUCAUAUGAUGCGCGCAAACACGAUGAAAAGAAGUUUUAUGGCCAGGGAUCUAGCAGAGGCAAUGGUGAAAGAUCGAAACACAGUAAAGAAAUACCGACUGGAAGUCCUGGCAUAUCAGUUAGCAAGAGUCACCGUGAAAGAGAGAGACCCAGCACCGGAUCUUAUCCUGCAGGCUACGGACUUAAAGAAUCUGCGACAUUCCAUGGCCAAUCUUCCGCAAAGUUGCCGAGAAAGGCAAGAGCAUCUACAUAUGACGACUACAAAACCAAGCAAGCAGCAAGACCAUCACAGCCGCCGCCGUCGCCUCCGCCGUUCGAUUUUAGCGAGGCAAGGCGUAGCGCAAGGCCAUAUGACAUAUCAGGUGUCAAGAGCAGGAGUCACUUUGAAGGGGCAGAAACGAGUCGUAACGCUGGACCCUAUCCUCAAGACAGGUCUUUUACACUACCUCACCGACCUCCUGAAAGGAUGCAGGGCAUACCAAGAGCAGCAACGCACGACGUAUAUGGCACAACCGGAGCAGCAGGUCCAUUGCCACAAGAUUUUAGCAUGCCGAGAUACAGUCCAAUGAACACUCGUGAAACGACUGCUCGAACCGCCUCAUCGUGA